UCUUCCUUUCGUUUUAGAUUCCAGAGGGGUGACUACCACAUCGAUGUGUGCAUCAAUGACUAUCUGGAUGUGUUCUGCCCUCACUAUGAAGAUUCAGUGCCAGAAGAUAAGACCGAACGCUACGUUCUUUACAUGGUGAACUUUGAUGGUUACAGCUCCUGCGAUCACACCUCCAAAGGAUUCAAGAGGUGGGAGUGUAAUCGGCCGCAUUCCCCAAAUGGACCAUUGAAGUUUUCAGAAAAAUUCCAGCUCUUCACUCCCUUCUCACUAGGAUUUGAGUUCAGGCCAGGCCGGGAAUAUUUCUACAUCUCUUCUGCGAUCCCAGAUAAUGGAAGGAGAUCCUGUCUAAAGCUUAAGGUCUUUGUGCGACCGGCAAACAGCUGUAUGAAAACUAUAGGUGUUCAUGAUCGUGUUUUCGAUGUUAACGACAAAGUAGAAAAUUCAUUAGAACCAGCAGAUGAUACCGUACAUGAGUCAGCCGAGCCAUCCCGUGGUGAGAACGCGGCACAGACACCGAGGAUACCCAGUCGGCUUUUGGCAACUCUAUUGUUCCUCCUGGCAAUGCUUUUGAUAUUAUAGCACAGUAUGCUCCAGCAACCUGUCGCAGAAAAUAUCAGGGUCUUGGAACAUCAAAGACCCACCUAACUGCUCAUCCCAAGAAAGGGACUUUAUAUUGGUUUUGCAGAUGUCAAGUUGUUAUUUUUUCUUUUCCCUUUUUUCCCCUUUCAGCCUGAACUCUGAGCAAGAAUUUGAGGGGAAUAACUAGUUUCAGCACCCGUCCCUACCCUGUGACUUUCUUAACCCCUCCAAACAAAUAAAAGGACUCCAAAUGAAAAUGCCAAAUUACAAUAGUGACACUAGUGAUUCUUAUUUUCCUCUGCAUUCUCCUUUAAGAAGUCACCUCUGUUAGCUCACUGUGUCAUCUGUAUGUGGACAAGGAAGAAUAGUGGCAGAUGCAGUCAGUGAAGGAUAAGGAAAUUCGAUGAAAGCCUGGGAGAGAUUUACUCUCCAAUACAAUAUUUAUGCCUUCUCAUUCAGCACUGUAAGAUGAUCAUGCAAGGCAUCGUGUCACCAUGUCAGGACUGGAGGGGAGAUAUUAAGAAUAGAUAUAAUAUAACACCAUUUCCUCUAGGAGUUUCUAAACGAACGGGCUUCUAAAAGGAAAAGACAAUGUUUCUUACAGGACUGUCCUGAAACAUUUUUGACAGCAAAGUUUGUGCUUAGCAGUAGAAAUGCUGUCUUUGGUGAGAGGAGUAAGUUAAUUUUGAGGAAUGUUAGCACACAGCAGGCAAGGUCAGAUUUAGAAAACUUCACUGGGGGUAUGAGUGCCUCUGUUAUUUCUGUUUAAGUGGGUAGUGCACACCAGAUUAUUUUAUUUCAAAACAGAUCACCAUGGUGCUACAAUUUUUUUUUUUCUUGAAAUGCAAAGAGGCGUUUUUGAGAAUAAAGUGACCUUCCCCAGCGCUGACUUAGUAGCUGAUAGCCUUGGAUGCUGCUCUGGGUUUUAAUGCAUGCUAAGAGAGGACACCAGUGGCCAGAGGAAACCUGUUUGGGACACAGGAUCUUCAGUGGGCUCUUGAUUUGUCUCCCCUGCAAGUUCCUCAGUCAUGGGAAUAAAACACAAGUAGAAGAAGCCAGGACAGUCUAGUAGCAUUGUUUGAUGGGGGAAAGAAAAAAAAAAGUGUGGAAUAUGAAUUCAAGUGUUGAUUUUAUAUCUUUUUUCCCCUUCCAGCACAAUUUGGAGAGUAGAGGAAACGUGUUUAUCAGCAGGAGAUAAACUAGAUGGGCUCCCAAAGACUUAACAAAAUAUUUUUUUAAAAAUCCACUAGAAUAGAAAAUACAUUAUUUAGAUAUACUUUAUGCUGAGAGUGAGUAUAUAUGCUUGUCCUAUUUAAACUUGUGAGAGAAGUGGUAACCCUUGAUGCAAUUAGGAUAUGGGACUGUCUUGUUCAAUGGAAUUGAGAGUGACCCUGUUUAAGGAAUCUGAACCUUGGCUAAGGUAGAACUUGAAAAAGUUACUUGCCAGGAAAUGUAAGCCUUGGGGUAUUUUUUUGGUGAGGCUGCUGCGAAAUUUGAACUGCAAAACAAAGUCAUGGAAAUACCAGGCCAACACUGAAACAAAGCUUUUCUAGCAAAAACUGUGAGGAUUACGUUAAAUGUGAAAAAAAAAUAUAGAACACAUUCAAACAGAACAAGGUUUUUCUGUAUUGAUUCUGAAGAAAAAACAACAACAUUGAGUGAUAUCGUUAACGGACAGCAUUUUGUCGUUUUUUGUUUUUCAAUGAAGAAAAGCUUUCCUGAAGUUGUAAGCAGCCCAUUAUUAAGAAAGGAGGAAAGGGGGAAAAUAAAGUGAAGAUGCAAAGGGAGGUUGCGUGCAUGUUAAACUAAGAUCUGGGUUUGCCUGAUACCAUGCAGUAUGUUUAUUAAUGCAGGGCAUGCACUUACAGUAGGAAUCCAGGAAAUUCGCUCUAGUAUCAAGCACACGCAACGAAGAGAGGCAAUCUGAACACUGGUGGAAGUCGUCGUCUCGUUACAGUCUAGUUGUUACUCUUCUCUCAGUAAUGUGUAUGUGCUUGGUGCACGCACUACUGCUACUUUCGGGUAGGAAUUAAGAGAGCUUUGGAAGAGGCGAGCUUGAGGAUCAAAAUGCACCUUAUCAAAUGGAUUAUUAAGCAGAGUACAGAUAAUACUGCAUGAUAGGUAAGCAUAUUAAAAUGAUUCAUAAGAAUUGCAGACAGUCAUACUAACAGAGCCAAUUUCAUUUAGAAAUGGUGACUUUAUUUUUUCAGUCCUUUGUGUCUAAAUGAUGUUGGACUUUGAGAUGUACGUUUAUCUGCAGCAAGUCUUCUCCACUAUUGUUAGUCGUGGUGAAAUUCAGUCCUUCACUUCAUCAUAUAGCCGUGCUAAUUAGUUGAGCAGUAGCAACAGUGGUGCAGCCAAUAGGCAGAUUCCCUGCGUUUUGCAGUGAGAAGCUUACUAGACAGCAGUUUGAUACUUGAUGGCAUCAGGCAAUCCCACUCAUACCAAGUAAGUAAGUGUUGAUGGGUUUUGUGUUGAGUUGCGAGUUUCUGGAUGUUUUGAAGGAUGUUGGUGCGAGCCGUAAGCAGAUUUCUGCUCCCCUCCCCUUUAUCUACCCCAUGUGAAGACUGAGGGACUCGUUCUCUCUCAGUCUAGGUAGUUCACCCCUGUGACCUGCACUCCUGGUUGCCAAGGGCAUUGCAACGUGAAGCAGGGAAACAUGGAUCAGUCAGUUAGUGGAUACUGUGUAUCCUUUAAUAGACAAGGUAACAUUUCGUGUUAGUUUAGAAUAUUGUUUUGUACUGUACUUUCUUGGAUGGCGAAGGAAAGACAAUUAAAACUUAAAGCUAUGUUCUUUAAAUUCUGUAUUAUUAGCAACCUCUGUUGUAUAUAGUGUUUGAUAAUAAAGUAUUAAUUUGAUUCUUAUGUCUUUUGUAAGUGAGAACAAUAGACUUUCAGGACAUUAAAAUCACGCAUUGAUUACAAGACAGAGCUUUGAAGCAUCAAGUGUGGUCAUGGCUGGGAACUGAGUGACAAGUGGCCAUGACACUGCAGCAUACAGGACUCAUCUGUGAAACUCGUUCAUCUAUUGCAAGACUUCACAAUGUCAAGACCUGGAACAACAUGACUUUUGAUGAUCAAUGUUUUGUCCUUAGUGUUUAAAGGUCUGAUGUUGGAGCCCUGUGGUUUCUGUGUUAGCUUUUUGUUCCUUUUUUUUUUUUUAAUCAUGUUUGUUUCUAAAAAAAAGGCUUUGGGGACCUAACAACUCUUCUAUUCUUUUGUUUCUCUCUUUUUUUCUUUUUAAAUCUUUUUUUCCCCUGUGUUCUUUCUGGUUUUGUUUCCAUGAAUAGUUUUUACAGAAAGGAUCUUGCCAGUGUCAUGUGUGAUACGUGUACGUACUUGAUUCCAAAACCACUAGAGACAAAUUUGGGAGAGGUCAAAUGUAGAUUAUUUCUUUUCCGGUAUAAUUAUGGAAAGAAAAAAGUUGUAUUUAUACCUGUUGAUUACCACCCCUAGCCCUUAGAACUGAACUUUAUCCGUUGCCUUGUGAGAGCAAUGGUUCAGUCGCUUUCAGAGACUUAGAAAGAGCGUUAACUCCUCCCCUCCUUUCAUUACACUUGGAUUUUGUACUCACCAGUUUUACUAUACAACCCUCCACACUUCUCUCCCCUCUUCCUGCCCUUCCUCCUCCUCCUUCCUCUCCCCCCCCCCAUUUUAAUUUGGAGCUGUGAAUGGGCAGAUCUGUUUCUGGUCUGGCAUCACUGAGUUUUUCCCAUGCAUUCGCCCCCGAGCUUCUCGGAUGUGAGACAAAUCUCCCUACAAUAGGCUUGCUGCCAUUGUCUGUACAGUUUAAUAGAUGCUGGCAUGUUGGAGGUUACCCAUGAGUCUGCGAAAUCCGCUUUCCAUGCUUACUCUUGACACCCCAUUGAAGCCACUCAUUGUGUGUGCAUCUGGGUAUGAAAGUCCAGCUCAGUGUGGUCCUGUGCUUGUACUGCCCUGCUUUGCAGUUUCUUUGCACUUAUUCAUUGAGUGCUGUUUUUGAAAUGCUUACAUUAUAUGAACUUAAAAUGUAAAAAAAACAAAAAAAAACAAAAAAAACCCUGCCCCAUAAGAUCUGUAUUUGUAUAUACACGUGUCCGUACAAUAAUACUUAAAUAAAAUUAAAGAUUUUCAUC